AUGAGUGACGAAGGUAUCUACAGAUGCGAAGCGGAGAACAAGCAUGGAAAGGCUAAAACUCAAGCCACGGCACAUGUCCAAGUGUCGCUUGGCAAAGGUGAUAUGCCCAAGCUGGAAAUGGGAUCUCCACCGAGAUUCAUCAUUCCCCUGGAAGAUCAGACAGUCCUCGUGGGCGGAGUUAUCGAUCUCGAAUGUAAGGUCACCGGAGAACCAAUGCCACAAGUGAAAUGGUCCAAGGAUGGUGGCCCCAUUUGGGAUGAUUCACGUUAUGAAUGGGAUAUUGACGAGGCUAAGGGUAUCUAUCACCUGCGAAUACAAUCGGCGACGGUACACGAUGAAGGCACCUACCGAUGCGUUGCUACCAACGAAUCCGGCUCUGCGACAACCAAAUCCUUCACUCGUAUCGAUGUAUUACUCUCUGAGUUUGAUUCCCUGAAUGCAAUUUCAAGAUGGCGCCUUCUCCAUGCCAAGCUUCCAUCGAAGAGCGUCCCGCCACGGUUCACCAUUCGCCUGGGUGAUGCUCGUGCUGUCGAAGGCCAACCUCUGCGAUUCGAGUGCAAGGUGGAGGGAUCGCCGCUGCCUGAACUAACCUGGCAUAAAGACGGAGUUCAGAUCCAACCUUCUGAUCGGGUACAGCUCAGCAUGGAACCAGAUGGUACCGCUCGGCUUGUCAUUCCACAGUGUUGCAUGGACGAUGAAGGAAUUUACCGAGUAAUUGCCACAAAUCCUUCUGGCACUGUCCACGACAAAGGUAACGCCACUAUCAAGAAGGCUCCUCGUGACCGAGAACGAUCAGCUGAACGCGAUGAAUUCGACGCCAAUAAGGUCCCAAGAGUCGUUGAACCUCUCGAGAAUGUUAAGAUCCCCGAGAAGCAAGGAUUCCGCCUCCGCUGCAAGUUCAGUGGUGAACCGAAGUUGUCCAUUAAAUGGUUCAAGGAUGGCGAACGGGUGUUCCCGUAUGGAAGGCUGAAGCUGUUGGAAUCUCCCGAUGGAGUAUGCGAGCUGAUCGUGGAAUCAUCAAUCCGACAAGAUGCCGGCGGCUACAGAUGUGUUGCGGAGAACGCCUACGGAUCUGCAAGAACCACCUGCGACGUUAUCGUAGUCCAGAAGGAACGAAAACCUAUCACGGACUUCGAUGCUACAAUGAAAGAAGGCAAGGCUCCAGGAUUCAGUGUACCGCUUACGGUUCGGCGAGCAAAGCCGGGCGCUGAUGUUACAUUCGAAUGCGUUCCGUACGGAAAUCCGUUCCCACAUAUCAAAUGGUUGAAGGACGGAAUAGAAAUCGUUGAAUCGGCUAAGGUCAAGUUCGAAGCACUGGAAGAUGGAACCCAACGUCUCCAUUUGUCCGAGGUGGACUUCUUCAGCGAGGGAUACUACCGUUGUGUCGCGACCAACGAACAUGGCACUGCUUCGACCAAGGCUGAACUGGUCAUCGACGUGGGCAUGGAAAGGUGA